GGGUGGACGAGUUAAGAAGCUCUUCUCAAUAUGAAUGUGGUGUUCCUAUUUCCUUUGCAUCAUUGACAAAAUGUUGCGUCCUGCUUCCUGGGAUGAUGAUGCUGACUGUGGGCAUGCCUGGUUGCUGUCGAACUGAUGGCCUCGGCUUCAUUGGCUGUGAAGACGCGGAGCUGCAGGUGUUGAAGGUGGUCAGCUGCUUCCCAGUUAAUCUGUGCGGAGGUAGAGAGGCCAUUGACGAAGCUCAUUCAGCAAGUACUGGGGAUACUGAGCGAAGCUUGCUUCUGCGUCUCUUUCGCAGGCAACUGUCCAGCAAAGACGAAACUGCCGUUGUGAGCAGGAAGUGUGGUGAUCAGGCAGGGACUGCUCAGUUAGAUGCCUGGUCAACGCGGACAGAGAUGGCGUUGUCCCACCUUAUAGCAGUUACAAUUGCAUACAGCUGGGGAGACCUUGCUGCAGAGGAUUGGGUGAUUGUAUGCAGACAUUUAAGGAGGUGGUUAGAACUGGGAACUGUGAAGAUGCAGAGUCUGGUGCAAGCUGUUGCCCGGGGUGUUCAAGAGGGCAAGGGAGGCCGAGAUGAUGCCAUUGUACUUGCCGUGAACAAGGCUUGGGGUGCGGAGUUUGCGAAGUUGCCGAUGAUGUUGCUGCCACGAAUGGGUUGCUGGGUCGUGUCAGUGAUGCAAGCAUUAGAGCAGAACCUGGAUGUUAUCGGUGAUGGAAGCAUUAGAGAAGAAACCGAUAUGGUGCCGAUAGAGAGAAGGGAAAAGGUGACGAAAUUGUUUGGUGACAAGUACUGCAAAGAAGCCAAGGAGGUUGGGAGACGAGAUGCUGUUAGAAUGUUGAUGGUAGCGGGGGUGACUCAAGCUGCUUGUAAUAUGGGGGGACAGAUGAAGUCGAGGAGGAUAACCUCUCGCAUGAGGGAUGUUGGGUUUCUGAAAGCGAUUGCGCAGGUUGCUGUUGAUGUGGGAAAUGAGAGUCUGCUUGCAGAGUUUGAUGCUGUGGAGGAAUGGCUCGAUGGUUUGGGAGUGGGAGUGGAUGUGAUCGGUGGACUCUAUGUGUUGAUGACUUCAAGGUCUUUUCUGGGCCUUGUUCGGUGUCCAUAUGUAUUGUGCCAGACAACGUUUUCAUUGCUCUCAAGGGAGUGCUUGGCACCCUGUGCCCUCCUGUGUGAUGAGGGAUUGGUGACAGAAGAGUUUGAAGAAGAACUAUUUCGGAAGAAAGUUAUUCUUCGGGAGCAGGUCUCAGAAGCGCUGGAAAUCGAUCCUCACACCAUUCUCAUGUCAAGACUAACCUCGUCAACAAGGAUGCGUUUCUUCCUCUCGUGGGCUCUGCUGCUAGGCUUCAUGAGUAGGCUACGGAUGCCCUCUUCAAUUUUGCAACACCUAUCUCAAUACCUUGUUGAUUCGCACUCAACCUCAUUGCUCCUUGAUGCGAUAUUUCAACAUAUCCCUAUUUCUGCAGCUGGGCUUUUGCCACCGUCUGGUCGGGCAGCUGGUGGACGGUCGUCGCAUGUAGGACCAUCACCAACAACAGCUUCGGCAUCCUCUUCGGCAUGUUCCUCAACUUCUAGAGAGAAGGCCGAUGGAACGGUGAUGUAUGCAGCAAGAUUCAUCGCAACUGAGCUAUUCCCCGUGACGAGAGACGCGAUGCGGAAAUUUGCUUGCGCAAUAUAUGAGGAUGUACUUAGGGUACUUCCUGUUUGUGCUCGGUUGUGGUUCAUGGGACUUCGUGAUAAGGGUGCGGCAACGGCGGUUGAGUUCUACACGAUGACCAACUGCAGUCCACGGAUACUCUCUGCAGAAUUCUCGCAGGUUCAAUCUGCUGCUACAAGUAUGGAUAACUUGUGGAUCAAGGUCAACCGAUCAUCACGUGAAGUCAGUGCCACUUAUACCAAGGAUGAGGCUGUCCUAGAGCUUGUGAUUCGACUUCCUGCAGCAUAUCCUCUGCGUGCAAUAGAGGUUGAUUGCACUCGACGGGUUGGUGUCAGUGAAAGCCGAAUGAGAAAGUGGCUGCUCUCAAUAAGUGCUUUCCUCCGGAACCAGAAGGCCGGGGAAACAGACGAGGCCUAUCAGGCCCGCAUGUUAGCCGGGAGUACCGAGACAAAGAAGCGGGCAGAUGACGCUGCCGCAGCAGCCAAGAAAAGGGCAGAAGAUGCCGAACAGGCACGUUUGCUGGCUGUGCAACAACAGCGCCAGCACGACGAAGCAGCAGCAAGGGCCGCCGAUGAAGAAAGAACACAACGUCGUGAGAAGAUAUUCACCGGAGAGCGGGCGUCACUUACCAUGGUAGCAGAAUGGCGAAGCGAGGCCGAGAACAGCCAGUUGGAGGACAUCGCAAACAAGAUAGCGCUCUUCCUCUCGCAUCUCACGGGUCUCCUGGCAACUUGCAUUACACAGCAGGCGGAGACCCUUGGUCUCGACAACUCGGUAGCUCAGCUCCAAGACCGCCUUCAACGGGUGGAGCAGCGACCAGUCACCGCCGCCGACGCAGGCUCUUCCAACACUGCCGACCGCCUCACCGCAUUGGAGAUGCACGUCGGCUCCCUCCAGGACGGCGCACAGUUACAGCAGACCGCGACACAACGAUUGCAGCAGCGGAUCUGCACUACCGCCACCACCUCGAGUCCGGAGCCGCGGGGUGCGUGUCAGGCUUGGUUGGACAACCUGUUGUCCAAGUAUGGAGUGGUAGCUAACGACUUGCACACCAAGAUCACCUGGGAUGAUCUGAAGGCAGCGUGGCACAAGCGGUUCCAGGUGGAGCUGCCAGAGAUCAAAGCCAUGGACAAGCUCAUGGUCUUCGAGCAAGGCACGCUGCCGAGUACGGACUGGAUCGCCGAGUACCAACGCUUGACGUCAGUCCCAGACAUCCAGAUGGGCUUCAAGGCCAUCCACCACUACAUCUCAAGGUCAUGUUCGACAUUGAGCAAUGCCCUGACGCAUGUCGAGGACACCUUGACGACGACGGCGGAGUUAUUUGACAAGGCUGCGCAGAUCAUGGUCACGAACAAGGAGGCCAAGAACCUUCGUUCAUCUGCGUCAAGCCCGAGCAGGGACCAGCAUCGGCCAAGAGCGGCCGUGGUCGCAGCGGCAGCGCCGUUAGACCAAACCAGUGAGGCUGCGUCUGCCAGUGAAGGAGAAAGAUUCGCAGCUCCCCUAGAAGACGCAGGUUUGCCCAUUGAAAGGCAAGGGCAGACAGGGAAACUGAGCACCGCCGAGAUUGACGCGACGACACUCUCAACGCCUUCGGAACUGGUUUCUUCGCGAGUGACCAGCAUUCAUUCCGAGGCGCACGCGGAAGUCGACAGUCCUCCGCUUCUAUUUUCUUUUGAGGACUAUGCUGCCCGGCUCGUUCCAACGCUGGGUACUCAAGCUCAAGGACAAGGAGUGUGUGCGGUUUCUUCUCCGUCCGGCAACAGCGACAUAUCGUCUUCAAGUGGUUCGUCACGGGAUUCGGCGCGCGAGUUCAAGAUAGAGGUUUUGGACCCGCUCACGUCUGAGGACUUUCCAUGGCUUCCUCUCCCGACCACAGGCUGUUUGUCGGGACCACAAUGCGCAACACUUAGCGCUCAUCUCCACACUUACCUUUCCUUCUAUGCACCACCAACUUCGCGGACGGAUGACGAAGUCGCGUUGGGGGACAUCCUGGCGUACGUUACCAAGGUGGCCCGCGAGUUUCGCACGCAGCGGUACGAUAACAACAAUGCACCGCUCAUGUAUGUCCGCAUCCAGGUUGGGCAAGCGUCCUGCAGCGCUUUGCUAGAUAGCGGCGCGACUCGCAACUUCAUGAGCCAGUCUUUUAUGCAAAGAGUUGGCCUUGGCGCACAAGUUCGGAGGACGGCAAACCCGACGACAAUCAAGUUGGCGGAUGGAAAGACGCAGCAACUACUCGACCGUUACAUCGAGGCCAUACCGGUCUACUUCGCACCUCAUGCAUGCGAACCGGGGACAUUCGAUAUUCUCGACACGGACUUCGAUAUCAUUCUGGGAAUGCCUUGGCUUGCAAGUGCAGAUCACACGGUCAACUUCCAUCGGCGGACUCUUAGCGUUCGCAACGCCUUCCGCGCGGAAGUGGCGUGUACGAUUCCUCUACCGCACUCUUCGAUCCGGUGCCAAGUGGUGACAGCCAAAUUAUUCUGGGCGACUUGUGCUUACGAGCAGCCCAAGGAGAUCGGCAUAUGUUUCCUACGGACCGUCGCGGUAGCCGAGUCUUCACCCACGGACUUGUCUUCGGACCCCCGUGUGGUACGGUUGCUGGAUGAGUUCGCCGACAUCUUCAAGUCACCUACCGGUGUGGUGCCGGGUCGGCCAAUCUCUCACGAGAUCAUUCUUGAGGCCGGUGGCUGGAUCCGCCCGAGUAGCUCCCCAUAUGGAGCACCAGUUUUCUUCGUCAGGAAGAAGAACAAGGAUCUACGAUUGUGCAUCGACUACCGCGAGCUCAACGCGCAAACCGUCAAAAAUGCGGGGCCUCUUCCUCGCAUCGACGAUCUUCUCAAGCGGCUGGGCGGUGCAAAGUAUUUUUCCAAGUUGGAUUUGAAAUCAGGAUACCAUCAAAUCUCGAUUCAGCCAAAUGAUCGCUACAAAACCGCAUUCAAGACGCGGUACGAUCAUUUUGAGUGGGUGGUCAUGCCUUUUGGCAUCACCAACGCCCCAGCGACAUUCCAGGCGGCGAUGACCAAUGAGUUYCGUGCAAUGUUGGACCGGUUCGUGCUGGUCUACUUAGACGAUAUUCUCGUCUACAGCCGGACAUUGGAGGAUCAUCUUGGACAUCUUCGACGAGUGUUGGAGACGCUCCGCCGUGCCAAGUUCAAGGCCAACCGCGACAAGUGCGAAUUUGUGCAGCAAGAGCUGGAAUACUUGGGCCAUUUUGUCACACCGGAGGGCAUCAGUCCGCUAUCGAACAAGAUUCAGGCCGUCCAAGCGUGGCCGGAGCCUCGGAACGUCACGGAUGUCCGCUCGUUCCUCGGUCUUACCGGCUACUAUCAUCGCUUCAUCAAAGGCUACUCGAAGAUCGCGGCCCACUUGAACAAGCUUCAGUGCGAGGAUCGUCCGUUUGAAUUUGGAGAGGAGGCGCGGGGAGCAUUCCUCACUCUCAAAGCCGUGCUAUUGUGUGCAGAGGUCUUGCGGAUAUACGACCCGCUCGCACCUACACGUGUCACUACGGAUGCGUCAGGCUAUGGCAUUGGUGCAGUCCUCGAGCAACAUGAUGGUGGGGACUGGCACCCGGUCGAGUACUUCAGCAAGAAAGUGCCACUCGUGCAUUCCAUUGACGAUGCACGCAAGAAGGAGCUCCUCGCCUUCGUCCACGCGCUCAAGCGGUGGCGGCACUUCCUCCUUGGUCGAAGCCAAUUUCGCUGGAUAACGGACAACAACCCGUUGGUCUUCUACAAGACCCAAGACACCGUCAACAGCACCAUCGCUCGAUGGAUGGCUUUCAUCGACCAGUUCGACUUCUUCCCCGAUCACAUUCCCGGGAAGUGGAACCGUUUUGCGGAUGCUCUUUCACCGCGUCCGGAUCACUGUACUGCGGUCUACUGGACUUUCGAGAUUGACGAUGACCUGCGGAACAGCUUCAUCCGCGGUUACCAAGCCGACCCCGAGUUUCGCGACAAGUACGCGAAUUGCUCCUCGCCUAAUCCGGCUCCUUCUCACUACCGGAUCCAGGAGGGGUACUUGCUUGUCCACACGCGGGGGAAGGACCUUCUUUGCUUACCAAGUUAUCCUCACUUGCGUACACGGCUUCUUGGCGAGUUCCAYGACGCUCCCGCCAUCGGACAUUUUGGAGUCAAUCGCACGAUUGGCCGACUUCGCCAGCGAUUUUGGUGGCCCGGCCUUCUCGGCGACGUCACGCGCUAUUGCGAGUCAUGCGAGGUUUGCCGACGCUGCAAAUCCCGCAACCAUCGUCUGUACGGCGAGCUACGACCAUUGCCAGUCCCGUUGAGGCGAAGGGAAGCGAUUGCCAUGGACAUCACCGGCCUGUUCCCCAAGCACAAGACUGGAGUGGAUGGGAUUCUCACGGUGGUCGACCGACUCACCAAGUUCGCCAUGUGUUUGCCUUGUCGCUAUCAUGCCAAGGCACCGGAGUUGGCCGAGGUUCUGUACGCCGGUUGGAUUCGCACCAAGGCUCGCCACCCUCAGACCGAUGGCCAGACGGAGAGGGCGCAUCAGACCGCACAGGUUCUCCUUUGCACUCUCAUCCGUUCCGUCCAGAAAGAAUGGGUUGAGCGACUGCCGGACGUUGAGUUGGCCUACAACUCUUCCAUCCACCCGGCUAUUGGGAUAUCGCCUUUCGAGUUCGAGCACGACUCGCCGGUCACGUCACCGUUGGACAUGAUUACUCCACGCACGGCCGAGAGCGACGACCAUCUUCUUUUCUUGCGUCGGAUGCAAGAGCUUCUUGUCAAGGCACGCGACCAGAUGGCUAAGACGCAGCAGCGCAUGCGCCAACAGGCAAAUCGCCAGCGUUUUCCUUGUCCAUUCCGCGCCGGAGACCUCGUCUGGGUUUCAGCAGCGGAAUUCAGCCUUGAACAAGACGUCUCUCGUAAGCUCCUCCCGAAAUGGAUGGGGCCUUGGCCGAUCAUAGAGCCCGCUGGGGACGCACCCGAAGGACCCUCCUUCACGAUUCGGGUGCCUAGCCACUUGCCUGUCUACCCAGUCUUUCAUUGCUCCAAAUUGGCUCUCUACACGCUAGCGGAUCAUGACGACUUUCCCGGGAGACGGACGCAAGACCCACCUUCUAUGGAUGGUUUUCAAGAGGUCGGCGACAUCCUCUCCCAGCGACGCUUUGGCAACAAGCCAACUGAGUAUUUGGUGCAUUUUGCCUACUGCACACAUCGAGCUGACCGUUGGUUAACCCGUGCGGAACUGCAAGCGACAGCUCCAGACGUUCUCGCACGCUACGAACGCAAGAUGCAGGGCAAGCCGGUUUCUUCGGCUCCACGCCACGCCCGCGUCCAGGUUCCACCGUCAGAUCGACGGCUUCGCCCUCGCCCCGGCUUGACUUCAUAAGGAGGGGGGGGGUGUUACAUGCAGCGCGUGCACACACGGGCCAUUUUGCAGGCCCGACAGCGUUCAGGACAAAAGCCUGAACUUC